AUGGCAAGCACUGCGAAGCUGGAGAUCUCGCAUCCCCAACAGCAGGUCGUCAAACCUGUAAAGAAGGUGCAUUAUCCCUUCUGGUUUGGCGGCUCUGCGUCAUGCUUUGCGGCUGCGGUUACGCAUCCACUGGAUCUUGUCAAGGUCCGACUGCAGACCCGAGGGCCUGGCGCUCCCUCGACGAUGCUGGGUACAUUUGGGCAUAUUCUGCGAAAUAAUGGGUUUUUCGGUUUGUAUAAUGGACUUUCAGCCGCUCUUCUGCGCCAACUCACGUAUUCUACAACUCGGUUCGGGAUUUAUGAGGAACUAAAAUCUCGAUUCACGUCACCGUCGCAAUCACCAAGCUUCUUCACGCUCCUCGGAAUGGCCUGCACCUCCGGUAUCCUCGGAGGCAUUGCAGGAAAUCCAGCCGACGUGCUCAACGUCCGCAUGCAAUCCGAUGCCGCGCUUCCGCCCGCCCAACGGCGUAACUACCGCCAUGCCUUUCAUGGCCUCGUCCAAAUGACUCGCACAGAAGGUUUUUCGAGUCUCUUCCGUGGCGUGUGGCCGAACUCUACUCGCGCCGUCCUCAUGACAUCCUCACAGCUUGUCUCCUAUGACGUCUUCAAGCGCUUGUGUCUUGAGAAAUUCGGAAUGAAGGACAAUGUUGUUACGCACUUCAGCGCGUCUUUCGCUGCGGGGUUUGUCGCAACGACGGUCUGCAGUCCUGUUGACGUCAUCAAGACAAGGGUCAUGAGUGCUUCGCCUAGUGAGACCCGUGGUCACAAUAUCGUCGGUCUUCUCCGUGAAAUUUCUCGGAAAGAGGGACUUGCGUGGGCUUUUCGGGGUUGGGUACCUAGUUUUAUUCGCCUGGGUCCGCACACGAUUGCCACAUUUAUCUUCCUUGAGGAGCACAAGAAGCUUUAUCGGUACCUGAAGGGUAUUUAA